AUGCUCAAGGUCCUAAAUAGCACAAGCUUCAGAAGGUUCACACUUGAUUGGUGUACAACAAUUGUCUUGCUGUUAUAUUUUUUCAUAAUAGCUGAGCGAGCAGGACCGUUUUAUAGACAGUUUUCAUUAAAUGAUUUAACAAUAUCUCAUCCAUUCGCAUAUCAAGAGCGUGUUUCAGGGGUGAAGUGUAUCCUAAUAGCAGUCUUCGUUCCCAUAGCUUGUUUUCUUUCAGUUAUUGCUUAUAAACACAAAUCUUUUGCCUUUCAAACAAAGCAGGUCAGCUUAUUUCAAGUAUCAGUAUUGGGGUUGCUACUCUCGCUAUCAAUAGAUGGAGUUGUAACGGACGCUCUAAAGAACUGGAUAGGGAGACCAAGACCAGAUUUCUUGGCUAGAUGUGGACCUCGUUCCGAUUCUCCUUUGGACCAGUUAGUGGACGUGUCAGUAUGUACAGCUCCAUUGGGGAAAGCCCUCCUACUAGAUGGAAUGAGAUCGACGCCUUCGGGACAUGCUUCAAUUAGCUUUAGUCUGCUUAUGUUUUUGACUCUUUGGCUCUUUGGUCAAUUCAAAGCAUUCAAAUCGCAGCAACCUGUGUUGAAAGCUUGCCUCUGUGCUUUACCUCUUUUAUUGGCAAGCUACAUUGCAUUAUCAAGAGUCCAAGAUUAUAGGCAUCACUUUGUGGACAUCACAUUGGGAACUAUAAUCGGUAGCAGUUGUGCUAUAGCCAUGUAUCAUAAGUAUUUCAAUCCUCUUUGGGAUACUACUUGUGAUAAGAUCGUCGAUGAUGAGGAAGAGUCAAUAUUACCUCAGUAUACUCAUCCUUAA